CACCCUCCAUUGAUUGCUCCUGAAAACAGCUUAACCACCAAAAUCUAUAUUUAACUACCAUCAGAAAUUUCCAAUGUAAUCAAUAAUAAAGUUUGAUACGCAUUGUAAUUGGACACAUUUAUCGCAUGAAAAGGAAUUAAAGAAGUGUAAUAAUUGAAUUGAAGGAAAAAUGUCAACAAGUGAGAUCAGGAAUAUGGAAGAAGGUGGAUUUAAGGAACUAACUGGAAACGAGGGGGGGUUUUGCGGUUCUCCAGAGGUAGUUCAAGUGAUACAAAAGGUAAUAGCAGAGGUGAUAGGAUCAUACUUCUUAAUAUUUGCAGGGUGUUGCUCAGUGGUUUUGAAUAAAGUGGAAGGUAGUAAAGGGACAAUCACGUUUCCUGGAAUUUGUAUUGUAUGGGGUGUGUCAGUCAUGAUCUUGGUUUAUGCUCUUGGUCAUAUCUCUGGUGCACAUUUCAAUCCUGCUGUCACUAUUAGCUUCGCCAUUUAUCGUCAUUUCCCACUCAAACAGGUUCCAUUGUAUCUUAUUGCUCAGGUGCUAGGAUCUAUCCUUGCUAGUGGGACAUUAUAUCUUCUAUUCGAUGAUCUAAAUGAAAGUACUUAUUUUGGAACAGUACCAGCGGGUUCUGAUGUUCAAUCUCUUGUCUUUGAGAUAAUCACAUCAUUUCUCUUGAUGUUUGUUAUCUCUGCAGUUUCCACAGACAAUAGAGCGAUUGGAGAACUGGCAGGGAUUGCUGUUGGUAUGACGAUUAUGAUAGACGUCUUCAUUGCUGGGCCCAUCUCAGGUGCAUCUAUGAACCCAGCGAGGAGCUUUGGACCGGCUUUGGUGAUGCACAUUUACGAUGGAUUUUGGAUUUAUAUAGUUGGACCAUUUGUUGGUGCCAUACUAGGUGCCUCGGCAUACAACCUCAUUAGAUUCACUGACAAACCACUUAAGGAAAUAAGCGGUAGCUCAAAGUUCCUCAAAAGCGUUUCUAGAGCAACAAGUUUUCGGUAGACAACGUGUAAUAAGUACGGUGAAGAUUGAUCGUUAAUUUUCAUGAAUUUUUUAGGUUACUAUACGGUGAAGGAAAAGAAAUAAACAAUGUGCAUACAUAAAUAAAAGAAUAUGUACGUAGUUUAGAAUUUUCUUUUCUGUUUAUCAGAAUUCACGUGCAAUUAAUUAUUAAUUCAAAUUUCAAUAAGUGGCUAUUUUUAUCGGUA